GCCUAUAAUAAUCGACCGUGGUGAGAAGGUUCGGACACAAAAUAAUUAUAUUCUGUGGUUCGGACCUCACUUAUCAGUUAUCAGUUAUCACAUUUCGUUCGGUAUCCUGUAUAUUAUCUUAAUUCGUGACUAGGACGAAAACAAACACGGCUCGUGUUGAUCACAAUAUUUCUAUUCAUAACUCACGAUUUUUGCAUAUUGUAUCAAUUAAUUCGUUUAUUAUUAGUUUUUGUAAUUUUAUUGCCUUUGCUUAAAGAGCUAAUUAAUAACUCAUUGUAAUUUCAAAUUUCUAAUACACUAAUCUCCUUACAACUGUUCAGUAACACUACCGACUUGUAUUUAAUAAAUUAUUCAUAUAGGCGUUUGAACAUUUGAUUUUAUUUGUAUUAACACUAUCGUUGAAGUUGUUCAUAUAAUUUAUACAAGUUCUAUUUUUAUAAAAUGAGCGAAGGAUAUAAACCUUACACGCCUGGAUGGAAUGAUCCACCCUCAUAUUCAUUUGAAGACACAGUGAGUGCUCAACAUGAAAAUCGGCCUAAAAUAUUUGAUAGAAUACCUGCACGAGUUUUUCCAAAUUCUCCUAUCGUACAGUCAAAUAACAAUCAAAUACCCUUAGACAAUGAUAUAGUUUCCAGUGAAAAUUGCGAUGAUACUUCAAAAAUCCCUGCAGUUUCAUCACUGGUAUUAUGUGAUAUUCCUGUGGAAGAACGCUUAUCGUAUGUGAUGACAUCUCUGAAUGAUUCAAUCCAAAAAUCGACAUUACCAGAUUCCAAGAAAGUAGAUAUUAGUAAACGAUUGUCAAGACUGGAAAUCAGUUGGAAAGAUAGUCAAUUUACAGACAUAGUACAACAAAAAACUAUUGCAUUAGUUAAAGCAAUCAAUAUCAACGAUUAUGCUGAAGCAAAUAGACUACAAAUGGCAUUAAUGGUUGACCACACACGUCAGUGCAACACUUGGAUACCGGCUAUUCGACAACUAAUUAAUCAGCAUACCUAAAAUUAUCAUAGACAUAUUAACUAAGUUAGUAUAUCUAUAAAUUUAUAUUCAAUAAUUAUAUAUUCAUAAUUUGUAUGUAUUAAAUAAAUUAAGAUAUUUUUAAAAUUGGGUACACAAUAAUUUAGUUUAUGUGCUAUGUGUUCAUGUGUAUAAUAUUAUAUCAUAAUCCUCUAAUUCUAUCUUUUGUUUACACUAGCAGUAUCAACAUAUAUUUCAGUACCUACCCAC